CACACUCACUCACUCACUCUGCCGCCACCACACUGUCGGCAACGCCCCCAGAGCCCUCUCUGUCGCUCCAACUGCCACCCACUGCACAAUGCAGCUCCACCGUGCCUCCGCCGCCUCCAAACUGACCCUCGCCUGCUUCAGCCUCGCCUUCAAACUCGUGCUUUUGUACGCCGCCCAGGGACAACCUCAGCACCGUGGCCCAGACCUGCAUUGGUACCCCGGAACCGCCACCUGGUACGGCGACCCCGAAGGAGACGGCAGCACCGGUGGGGCAUGUGGGUAUGGUACGUUGGUGGAUGUGAAGCCGUUCAGGGCGCGGGUGGGAGCGGUGGGACCCUUGUUGUUCAUGAAAGGGGAAGGGUGUGGUGCGUGCUACAAAGUGAAGUGUUUGGACAAGAGCAUAUGUUCGAGAAGAGCAGUGACAGUCAUUAUCACGGACGAGUGUCCCGGUUGCCCCUCUGACCAAACACACUUCGAUCUCAGUGGUGCCGCGUUUGGCCGCAUGGCCAUAGCUGGAGAAAACGGUCCACUCAGAGACCGUGGCCAAAUCCCUGUCAUUUACCGAAGAACUCCGUGUAAAUAUCCAGGAAGAAAAAUUGCCUUUCAUGUUAACGAAGGCUCCACACCGUUUUGGCUAUCGCUUUUGGUUGAGUUUGAGGACGCAGAGGGAGAUAUCGGCUCCAUGCAUAUACGAGAAGCAGGGUCUACGGAGUGGCUGCAGAUGAAUCACCUAUGGGGUGCAAAUUGGUGCAUUAUUGGGGGACCUUUAAGGGGACCAUUCUCUGUGAAGUUGAGUUCUUCCUCUGGGAGGAGCCUCUCUGCAAGAGAUGUUAUUCCGAGCAAUUGGGUUCCAAAGGCAACUUACACCUCUCGCCUAAACUUCUACCCCUAGUCACAAGCCAAGGCUUCUUCAUCUCAAACUCAAAGUGGGUAAUUAUUAAUAAGUACAUUUCAACUAGUUAAAGGCUGGUCAUGUCCCAUAACGCAAAAAUAGUCUUCAUGGGCUUCCAACUUUCUUUCCAUUGUUUGCUAUAUAUUAUAUACUACAUUAGUUCCUUUACUUUUUAUUACCCCCUUCCCUUUUUUUUUUUGAUAAGAAAAGUAGCCAUUUGGAGUGCACAAGGGCAUCCAAUGGUCCUUCUCCUUUCUUAUUUUUUACAUAUUGAAUUUGUAUACCUACUUUUCUGGUGUGUUGUAACUGUUGGAAGUAAAUGUAAUGUAGCCCUCUCCAAAUUGGAGAGAGAGCGUGUAGUGUAGUAUCCUUAAAUUCCAUGUGGAGUUGAAUGUGUGUAAGUGUAAUGGUCCCCUUAGGGUUUUAAUGGAUAUUUCAUUUCAUGUUUG